AUGCCUAAUGAAAAAGUGCGAAAAAUUUUAUCGAAUAGUAUAGGCUGUUUAUGUAUAAUUAUAUUUUUUUCAUUAACGACUUAUAUUGUUUAUGUAUUUUAUUCAACUAUUGCAAUAACAACACUUGAAGAAAAACGAUAUGGAAAAUUUAUAUUUCACUUUAUAUUUGGUAAUUGGCUUGCUAUAAAUAUUUAUUUUCAUUAUAUAAUGGCAUGUGUAACAUCACCUGGUCUUGCUAAAGAUUAUCAACAUUUAGCAAGACAAUAUCCAAUAUGUAAGAAAUGUUCAUUUAAUAAACCACCUCGAACUCAUCAUUGUAGUUGGUGUAAUGUAUGUGUAUUAAGAUUUGAUCAUCAUUGUCCAUGGUUGAAUAAUUGUGUUGGUUUUUAUAAUUAUCGUUAUUUUUUUCAAUUUUGUUGUUUUAUGGCAACUGGAUGUCUUUAUGCUGGUUUUUUUGGUUACCGAGAAUAUCAAAUCAGUCGAUUGGGUGUACAAGUAUUUCGACAUAUUGAUUCAUUUUUUAAAGUUCCCGAUAUUCUUGAAGAUUUGGGAGUAGAUGGUUUUAUUACAUAUUAUAUAUUUAUAUUAACUGUACCAGUUGGUUUUGCAUUAACUGGUUUUAGUUGUUGUCAUGCACAUAUGAUUAGUCGAGAUGAAACAUCCGUUGAACGUUUAUUACAAAUAGAUUAUAAAAAAGAUUCUAUUACAUAUAAUAAUAGUUGCCUUGAUAAUUGGAAACGUUUUCUUGGUGUUUAUACACUAGGUGAAUUUAUUGGACGAAUACUUUUACCAAGUAUGCAUAAACCAAGAGGAAAUGGUAUAACAACGUCUGAUUAUGAUAUUAAUACAGAUUUACUUCCACAUCAACAAGGACAUAUCUCUUAUGGAUCGAAUAUUUAUCAUCAUAUAUCUGAUAAUUAUUUGUUUCGAAAAUAUCGAUCUGAAAUGUCAUCAUGGCGAAAGCCACAUACAAUAUCAAGAGAAUGGCAACAUGUUGUCAAAACUUGUUAA